AUGUGGUGUAUUUAAAUAAAAAGAUUUUCAGUUUCCUCUUCCUCUCUCCUUAUAUAAAUAUGCAGACAUAUAUGCGUAUAUAUACCGCACUACAUAUAGUGUAUAAUCUCUUCACUUAUACCCUAUAUAGUGGACUUGUAUACUAUGGUUUUCAUUCAUUUAGAACGGAGCCCAUGUGUUAGUGUUUUAUUUAUUUAUUUAUUUAUUUAUUUAGAUUUAUUUUUCAUUCAGGCCAACGCACUAGCUACCUUUAAUUUAAAGGGGUCCUUGAGAUGCGCCAUGUGUCUGUGUGCUGCGGAGUUAAACUGAAUAUAUCAUUACUCAUUUGUAAAUAUUGUCAGAUAAUAUCAUUACAAAUCUAGUUUAUGUUGUGGUGCAAAUCUUAAAUGUUUGAGUUCUAGCAGAGACGUGUUUAAAUAUAGCGCAUGCGCGGAAUGAUUUACCCGGAAGUAGAUAGGAGACAGAUCCGUACUGCGCAUGCGCAGAGCCUACACGGUGGUGAGAGGUGAGGAGAUGUCAGGUCGGGUCAGGAUGGCUGAAAAUUGUGCACAGCUCUUAGCCAGGAUUGAGGGGAGACGAUCACUCAAAGACAUGGAUCAGCACAUUUUCCCCGUAAAUGGUGGUCCAGCUCAAGGUGAUGUCAUUGAGUUUCACGGAGUAGAAGGGAGUGGUAAGACUGAGAUGUUGUACCACCUCCUGAGCCGCUGCAUCCUCCCCACACACUGCGGAGGCUUGGAGGUGGAGGCCUUCUUCGUAGACACCGACUACCACUUUGACAUGCUGCGUCUGGUGAGCAUCCUGGAGGCCCGUCUGACCUCGUCGCCGCUGGAGAGCGAGAUGGAGGAGGUGGUCCGUUCCAGUUUGCAUCGCCUCUCUGUGCUCCACUGCUCCAGCUCCGUCCAGCUCCUCCUCACUCUACACUAUUUGGAGGGAAUCCUGUGCAGCCGGCCCGCCCUCUGCCUGCUCGUCAUAGACAGCAUCUCCUCCUUCUAUUGGAUAGACCGCGCCAACGGGGGUGACAGCUUGGUUCGGCAGGAAGCCAACCUGAGGAAGUGCACCGAGAUACUGGAUAGGCUCAGGAGAGACUAUGGCGUUGUCGUUUUUGCCACCACACAUGCGGUUAUGAGGAAUUAUUCAUCCAGCUCGACAGCGUCUGGACCGGCAGAGCCGAGCAGAUCCACUCCUUCAUGGAAGUGCAGCUCGGACUUCGACAAGCAGUAUCUUUGCCGAGCCUGGCAAAAAUUACUAACACACAGACUUCUGUUCUCAAAAAGUGACCAAAGUAGUGUAUCUGAGGACCACAAACAGCUUUUCUCUGUGGCAAGUAACACUGUAAGGACUAAAGGUGUUCAUCGAUGUGUGUUUUACGUCACAGAAGCAGGCGUUCAGUUUAGCGAGUGAGCUGAACUACACACAUCUGUGCACAUCUGUGAUUAAAUCCUUCGAAUCAGCUGUUUCAGGGCACAAAACAACAGGAAGUGGCCAGGGUCUGCAGUUUUGGGUUUUUGCACUGUCUGAUCUCUGGAAGAAGUGAACAUUUAUAUAACAUAUAAAACAAGAUAAUCAGCAGGCGAAGGACAGUUUAUAAGCAGUAGCGAUGCUUUACAGAUCAGAGGACUCAUCAUCUCGUCUCAUUAGACAUUUGACAUUUUUCAUAUGUUAAGAAUUAAUUAUUGAUUUUGUUAUUUUGUAACACAACAUUGAAUUUUAAUAAAGAAGCUAGAAAUAACGAGUUUUCAGACUUUUGAUGUACGUACAUGUGUUUAGCUUACACCUUAUCUUGUGUUUAUAGAGAUUUUCUGGGUAUAAAGCAUCACUGCGUCAAAUAUGUGCAUCUGAUUUAUUUAUUUAUUUAUUUAUUACUCACACAUUUUUUUUCCACAUUUUAGAAUAAUAAUAAAGUCAUCAAAACUCUGGAGUAACACAAAUGGAACUAUGGGAAUUAUGUUGUGAUAAAAAAAAUAAAUAAAUCUAAAUAAUUUAGUAGUUUAUCAU